UUAAAGAGUUCCUGUAAAAAACUUAGUUAAAAUGUCCUUUCAUUAUUAAAGGAGCAAUUUGUCAUUGUGGAAUAUGGCAUGUUUACUAGCUAGACUUUUUGAUAUCAAUUUAAUUGUGUUGCUGAAUGACAGAAAGGAAUGCAUUAUAAACAACUUUGGGAACAGUUAUUAAACCUUCAUGGGGAGCUGGACUUUUCUUCCAUCUGGAUACUUGUUGCUAAGAAAUUAGUUGCUUUCCACGAGAGGAGCUGUGCACUAAAUAAAGGACAGCUGCACUUCUGCACCUAAGAAAUGCUACAAUUCAAUGCAACUGUGUCAGAUGAUAUCUCCAGGCAGUGGGAUGGUUUUGAAAGAACAGACUGGCACAAAACUGGAGCUGGAAGUUUAUGAAAAAGACAUUAAAACUGUUGUGCAGAUCUGUUUUGGAAAUGGCAUCUUUUCUUAGACGAAAAUGGAAUAAAUCCAUGGUCUCAGAAAAUCACUGAUAAGAGUUCUACAGGCAGUCAAACUAGGUGACCAAAUCCAGGGAGUACCGAAGUAACAAUGACAGCCAACAAAAAUGCCGGUGCUACUCAAAAAACAGGAAGCAAUAGUGUGGCCCAGGAUACAGUUGACAGGUCUGAGACAGUGUCAUCUCCUCCACAUCGAUCACCAGCCAACAGUCCAACACAUCCUUUCAGUGACAGUGAGGAUGUCUGUAAGACCAGUAGAUUUACCAAGGCUUCUGGGGCUCGAUUGAAGCUAAAGGAAUUGACAGCUAGAGGAUUAAGAAGCAGCGCUUUUCUCUGCUCUGAUUCUGAAUCACAGGGUACCCUCCAGAAAGCUAUUAGCUUUGGAUGCUUGGAUAAAAAACUUACUGCAUGUAAAUUUAGUACAAAGGAAAACGGAGAAGAAAAUCAGAAAGUUACCCAGUGUGGUGAUGGGAUAGGCAAUCUUCAGCUAAGUCGGAGUACGAUCUCCUUGGGGCCUGCAGCAAAUUUUAGAUCACUCUCUCUCAACCGAGCCAAUGUUCACGCUAAAACUGUUGACAUUAGACAGAAGAUUUCACAAUGGGAGGGCAGAAAAGACAAUCCUCCCAGACUAAGUUUAUAUCUGGAAAAGAGAGACUACACAGAUAGGGGUGGCAGUGAAGGCUGCCCAAGCAUGCUGUCUUCCCCAUGCAGUGAGAAAACCUUUGAUUACAAAGGUUACGGAAGAAUGAGCAGAACGUUCUCUGAGUGCUCUUAUCCAGAAACAGAGGAAGAAGAAACCACAGAUAGGGAUGCACUUCCUAGAUUUGAAAAAAGGGGAAGCAAAAGUGAGCCAGCAAAUGCCUUUGUUAAGGUGCAUGCAAGGAAAGAAGCAUCUGCUGUACUAAGCCGAAUACAAAAAAUUGAGCAAGCUUUAAAAGACUCACCCACAAAGGGUCCUCCACAGUUGCCAAGUAGUUGCUAUGGUGGGGACAAAGCAAGGAAAAAAUCUUUGACUCACGGUAAUAUCGAAGACAGCAGUGGAAGUGUAACUACCAGCAAACGAGGAAGUGUCGGUUCUGUAGUAACAGAACCUGAAGUGAAGAAUGUGAUUGAAAAAACUGCUAAAAUCCAACUAGGUUUACCUAAAAAUGCUGCAGCUUUGCCAAGUAGUCCAGAGCAGCAUUCAGGAAGCUCUCCAAACUCAGCAGUGAAUCCUGUACCAAAACCCAAGCGGACUUUUGAAUAUGAAGCAGAUAAAAACCUUAAGGGUACUCCAAGCAAUGGCCUACCUCCAGCACCCUGCUCUACUACCCCUCCACCUCUCCCAUUAACACCUGCCCCUCCUGUCACUAGAAGGCAAAAGAAAGAAUCCCAUCUGCACAGAAAGCUACAAAACAGGAAAUCCUUUGAAUUUGAAGAUGCCUCGAGUCUCCACUCAUCUUAUCCUUCCUCCCCAACCGAAAAUGGUACUGAAACUCGAAGCAGGUUUAGUUCCAAGAGCACUUUAGAAGAAAAUGCUUAUGAAGAUAUUCCAGAUUCCCCUAAGGAGAAUCCCUAUGAAGACGUUGAGUUGAAAGGUCGUUAUACAGGUCGAAAAUCCCAGGUGUUAAAUGAAAACUCUUUAGAUUCUUUGCACAGGAUGUGGACUCCUCAGGCCAGGAAGUACACUUCACCUUCCCAGCUGCCAUCAAAGCCAAGUAGUCAGUCAUUACGGGUUGUAUCCUCCGCAGAUCGAAAGAGCCACCGACUUCCAAGGAUGUCCAAAAGGCACAGUCACGAUGAUAUGUUACUUCUAGCCCAGCUGAGCAUUCCAUCAUCUCCCUCCAGUCUAAAUGAUGAUAGUCUCAGUACAACAAGCGAGCUCCUCUCCACACGAAGGGCUAGGCGAAUUCCUAAGGUUGUAAGAAGGAUUAAUUCAAUCUAUAGUGCAAAAAGAGGAAAGAAAAGGCUAAAGAAACUUUCCCUAUCAAACCUAGAGAGCGCUUCAAUGAGAGAUGAGAACAGUGAGAGUGAAAGUGACUCUGACGACAGGUUUAAAGCCCAUACCCAGCGUCUUGUACAUAUCCAGUCCAUGCUUAAGAAGGCUGCAAGUUAUCGAACGCUGGAACUAGAACUGAUUGAGUGGCAAGAACGGGAACUGUUUGAGUACUUUGUUGUUGUAUCUUUGAAGAAGAAACCUGGCAAAAACACGUACAUCCCCGAAGUUUCUUACCAGUUUCCCAAGCUAGAAAGGCUGACAAAGCAAGUACGAGAAGCUGAGGAGCGCCUUAAAGCAAUCCCCCAAUUCUGCUUCCCAGAUGCCAAGGACUGGGCACCAGUAUCUGACUAUACCAGUGAAACAUUUUCAUUUAUGCUAACAGGCGAAGAUGGGAGCAGAAGGUUUGGCUACUGCAGACGGUUAUUGCCAAGUGGAAAAGGUCCUCGGCUUCCUGAAGUAUAUUGUGUUAUCAGUCGACUCGGAUGUUUUGAUUUGUUUUCCAAGAUUCUGGAUGAGGUUGAAAGACGGCGGGGCAUCUCUGCUGCUUUAGUGUACCCUUUUAUGAGAAGCCUUAUGGAGUCUCCUUUUCCUGCACCAGGAAAAAUCAUCAAAGUCAAAACCUUUCUCCCAGGAGCUGGCAAUGAGGUGAUUGAGCUUCAGCGACCAACAGAUUCACGUCUUGAGCAUGUGGACUUUGAAUGUCUCUUUUGCUGUCUCAGCGUUCGACAGAUAAUUAGAGUUUUUGCUUCUUUGCUACUGGAACGGCGAGUGAUCUUCAUUGCUGAUAAGCUCAGCACUCUGUCGAGCUGUGCCCAUGCUGUGGUUGCCCUCCUGUACCCGUUCUCCUGGCAGCACACUUUUAUCCCAGUACUGCCCUCCUCCAUGAUCGAUAUCGUCUGCUGUCCUACACCAUUCUUGGUUGGUUUGCUUUCCAGCUCUCUACCCAAACUGAAAGAGCUUCCUGUGGAAGAGGCCCUGAUGGUGAGCUUAGGAUCUGACCACUUCCUAAGGCAGAUGGAUGAUGAAGAUACUCUGUUACCACGAAAACUGCAGGCUGCCCUGGAACUGUCUCUAGAGCAGAAGAAUGACCUCCUAAAUCAAGAUUCUGACAGUGAUUCAGAAGAUGAAAGCAACACUUUAAAUGGACUGGUGUCAGAAGUCUUCAUACGCUUUUUUGUGGAAAGUAUUGGACAUUAUUCCUUGUUUCUUACUCAGAAUGAUAGAGGUGAACGUGUAUUUCAGAAGGAAGCAUUUCGUAAGUCUGUGGCUUCCAAGAAUAUACGUCGUUUCUUGGAGGUCUUUAUGGAAACACAAAUGUUUGCAGGCUUUAUACAGGACAGAGAACUGAGAAAAUGUAGAGCCAGAGGCCUCUUUGAGCUGAGAGUUGAGCAAUAUUUGGAAGAACUACCAGACACUGAACAGAGUGGAGUAAAUAAAUUUCUGAAGGGCUUGGGAAAUAAAAUGAAAUUCCUUCACAAGAAGACAUAAAUGAAUUUUGUGCAGCAUGUUGAUGAUCAGACUGAGAUGCAUUACACACCAGAAGCUCGGCACUUUCUGUGAGGCAAUGUUAUGAAUACAGUAAUGACCACAAUGAAGCUUUAAGGGACUGAAUGGACAUUUUUUCACAUGCAGCACAAAAAAGGCACUAAACUUCACCAUUUAUAGAAUCAUGUAUAUAUUGAACUGUGACAUACAGAAAUGGUUUAUAUUUAACAGAAUCAUCAUGAACCUGUGGUGAACGUGUAUAUUCUUGAAUUCAGAAAAUGUUUCCUGUAUUAUAUUUAGUGCUUAAAUACACAUGGUACAGAGAACAGUAGUUCGUAUGUGCAGUAAACUGUCGUUUGAAAACAAUGAUAGAAGAUGGCAUGCCUGAAGAAUUUAAUUUAAAGUUAUGGAAAAUGUGGAAAAAGAAUGAAUGAGACUAAUAAAAGCUAAAUGUCUGUUGUGGUAUGUAAGAAAAAAUGCUGGUGGUAUUAAUUGUAAUAUAAAACUUUUGUUCUAUUACAUUUUUUUUCUUUGUUAGUUAAAAGACAGCACAUCCACUUUUCAUUUUACAAGGUACUUGGUUGAUGGCUGCAAAAACGUUGUGUAGAAAUGAUUCUUGAAAACUUUGUAUAUACUGUACCAUUGUAGUUAAAAGAAUGGGAAUCCACAUGUGAUAUAGUACUUAAUUGUUAGGACUGCGUUAAGUGUACAUACAAAAAUGUCUUUUUGAAAAUACUCUGGAAUUAUGUAGCAUCUAUGGAACAAACACCUUUUAAGACAUAUAUGGAGUUUAAUAAUUGAACAUUGUAUUGCAGUAAAAUUUGUAAAAUAUUGGUAAUGAUAAGGAAGGAAAAGGCCUGCCUAUGCAACAGUGCCUUAAAAAUGGCUGCUUUCAGACUGAAACUAAAUGAUUUAAUACAAUGAAACAUGACUAGUUCUAGAGUCAUAUGUAUUUCCUCAACACAUAAUUAUUGAAAAAUGAAACACUACAUUUGUAAAUUGUGUUUGUAUAAAAAAAUGAAAAUGUCUUAAUACCAAAACAGAUUAAACCAAGAAAAUACAAAGAUAA